UGAAAACUUGUGUUUGUUUGUAUUUUAUUUCAGUUGUCAGAUGUCACAUAAUGACAGGUUUUUUUGGUUUUGCGCUUCUGUCUUUUGGUGGCUUGGCAGGACAUAACAAUAUAUUAGUUCGUAUUGUGCGUAAAGUGUGGUGCCCUUUUAGUUAGUGUUUUACCUAGCCAAUAAAGGAGAUAUAACACACUAGAACCUCGACUAGAACUGAGGGAAUGAUUGAUUACUCUUAAAAAACUAUUUGUAGGAUAAGAAUAAGAAACCAAAUCAUGGCAACCUUACAUAUGGGUUUGGGCCAGGACCGAGGCCAAGGCCAAGACGCUGCUAUGCUUCUGGAUUUCAACACAAAAUUGGACAUAAAUCUUUUGGAUAAUGUUGUUGCUGGUAUGUAUACGGGAAAUAAAGAAACUCAGAAAGUGGCACAACAAAUUCUAACCAAACUCAAAGAACAUCCAGAAGCAUGGACUAGGGUUGACAGUAUGCUAGAAUUUUCCAAUAACCCGCACACUAAAUAUUUUGCUCUACAAAUUCUGGAGGAAGUUAUUAAGACACGUUGGAAAUGUUUAGAAAGACAACACCGUGAAGGCAUUAAAAAAUACAUUGUACAAUUGAUUAUUAAAACCAGUGGAGAUCAGGAAAGUCUUGAAAGGAGUAGGACUUAUCUUAGUAAGUUAAAUGUGAUUUUAGUUCAAGUCUUGAAACGUGAAUGGCCAAACCAGUGGGAAAGUUUUAUACCUGAAAUUGUGGCAGCAAGUAAAACAAAUGACAGUCUAUGCCAAAAUAACAUGAUAAUUUUGAAACUUCUCAGUGAAGAGUUGUUUGACUUUUCUUCUGGCAAUAUUACACAAAUUAAAGCAAAACAUCUUAAGGACACCAUGUGCUCGGAAUUUUCUGCAAUAUUUCAUUUAUGCCAGUUUGUUUUGGAAAACUCACAGAAUCCAUCACUAGUAGAUGCGACGUUGGAGACAUUGUUGAAAUUUUUAAAUUGGAUUCCCCUUGGAUACAUUUUUGAAACAAAGUUAAUACCUACACUGAUUUUUAAAUUUUUGUCAGUUCCAAUGUUUAGAAAUAUAACAUUGAAAUGCCUCACAGAAAUUGCUGGUGUGACUGUUACAAAUUAUGAUGAUAUGUUUACAACUUUAUUUACCCAAACAAUGACACAAUUAGAAAAAAUGCUUCCGUUAGAAACAGAUAUAAAAACAGCCUAUGCAAAAGGUCAAGAUCAAGAACAAAACUUCAUUCAGAAUCUAGCCAUUUUUUUAUGUACUUUUCUAAGAGAACAUAAAUAUGUAGCUGAAGGUCAAGAACCCCAAUUGAAGGAUGCUUUAAAAUAUCUAGUACUAAUAUCUGAAGUUGAGGAAGUCGAAAUUUUCAAAAUUUGUCUAGAAUAUUGGAAUAACUUGGCAUCGCAACUUUACCGGGAUAUUGAAUUGCAACACGUAGUUUUACCAGCUCCUCCACUUUUCUCUUUCGCUCGAAGAGCUCUUUAUCAAGAAGUUUUGAAUAAAGUUCGAUACAUCAUGAUCUCGAGAAUGGCCAAACCUGAAGAAGUGUUGGUUGUAGAGAACGAAAAUGGAGAAGUAGUUAGGGAAUUUAUGAAAGAUACUGAUGCAAUUAAUUUAUAUAAAAAUAUGAGGGAAACUCUUGUUUAUCUGACCCAUUUAGAUUAUGCUAAUACUGAGAGAGUUAUGACCUCAAAAUUACAAAAUCAAGUUGAUGGAUCCGAAUGGUCGUGGAAAAAUCUGAACACUCUGUGCUGGGCGAUAGGUAGCAUAUCAGGUGCAAUGCAUGAGGAAGAUGAAAAAAGGUUUUUGGUAACAGUUAUAAAGGAUUUACUUUUGUUGUGUGAACAGAAGAGAGGCAAAGAUAACAAAGCUAUAAUUGCAUCGAAUAUUAUGUAUGUUGUGGGUCAAUAUCCCAGAUUUCUCAGAGCACAUUGGAAAUUUCUAAAAACAGUUGUGAGCAAGCUUUUUGAGUUUAUGCAUGAAACACAUGAUGGAGUUCAAGAUAUGGCCUGUGAUACCUUCAUCAAGAUUGCAAUGAAGUGUAGAAGACAUUUUGUUACUACCCAGAUUGGUGAAACUGUUCCAUUUAUUGAAGAAAUUCUGACCAACAUGAGCACCAUAAUUUGUGAUCUUCAACCACUACAAGUGCACACAUUUUAUGAAGCUGUAGGAUACAUGAUUUCAGCCCAAAUUGAUCAACCAACACAAGAAGCUUUGAUUGAAAAAUAUAUGGUAUUACCUAACCAGGUGUGGGAUGAAAUUAUCAUGAGGGCAAGCAAGAAUGUUGAUUGUCUGAAAGAAAUUGAAGUAGUAAAGCAAGCUGCCCUGAUUUUGAAGACAAAUGUUAAAGCUUGUAAAGCUUUAAAUCAUGCAUACGUUUAUCAGCUUGGCAAUGUUUAUUUAGACAUGCUAAAUGUAUACAAGGUUAUGUCUGAAAAUAUAACUGCAGCUAUCUCUAUCAAUGGUGAAGAAGUCACCAAACAACCCCUGAUCAAAAUGAUGCGAGUAGUCAAAAAAGAAAUUCUCAAACUAAUAUCCGAUUGGAUUUCUAGAUCAAAUGAUAACAAAGUUGUUUUGGAAAACUUUGUUCCACCUUUCUUGAGUGCCGUCCUAUUGGACUAUCAGCGAACCACCGUGCCUGGUGCCAGGGAACCCGAAGUUCUCAGUGCCAUUGCUACCAUUGUUAAUAAAUUGGAAGGAAAUAUUAUUAUGGAGGUUCCUAAAAUUUUUGAUGCUGUCUUUGAGUGUACACUGCAGAUGAUAAGCCAAAACUUCGAAGAGUUUCCAGAGCACAGGACUAAUUUCUAUUUGCUUCUACAAGCGGUCAAUACUCACUGUUUCGUGGCCUUUCUGACUAUACCUCCUACCCAAUUUAAGUUUGUUCUGGAUAGUAUAAUUUGGGCGUUCAAGCACACAAUGAGAAACGUGGCAGAGCUAGGCUUGCAGAUACUCCUGAAAUUGUUACAAAAUAUGGACUUAAACGAGUCGGCCGCUCCCAUCUUCUAUAGAACAUAUUUGACAGAUAUUUUACGGAACGUUCUGGAAGUGACUACAGAUACAUCACAUUCAGCAAGCUUGGCAACGCACGCUUCAAUAUUGGCAUACAUUUUUUCUCUUGUUGAAAGUGGUCGUGUGAAUUGCCAACUUGGACCGACUCCUGAUAACGUCCUUUUUAUGAAAGAAUAUACUGGAUCUUUAUUGAAAUCCGCAUUUCCCCAACAUUUGACCGAUAACCAAGUUAAAGUGAUGGUGCAAGGAAUGUUCAGUCUAAAUCAAGAUGUCGUGGCUUUUAAGGAACAUUUGAGGGAUUUCUUGGUGCAAAUUAGAGAAUAUAUCGGAGAGGACGACACAGACUUGUUCCUAGAGGAGCGCGAGAUUGCCCUACAGACGGCGCAAGCCGAAAAACGUCGCAUUCAACUAUCAGUGCCGGGUAUCCUGAAUCCACAUGAGAUACCAGAAGAUAUGCAGGAUUAACCCAUAACGCUAGUUAUUAACGGUAGAAACUUGUAAAUUAUGAAUGGAUGAGUGACCAAAUAAACUUUGAUCUGUGUUUAGUGGGUAAUAAUAUGUACCUACAAAGUGUACGAAAGUUACAGGAUGGUAUUUUAUCGCUAGUCACUGGGGAAAAUUCAAAAUAAUUUUGUACCUGGAUCUUAUUUGCCACGCUGGAUACAAAAAUUGUAUCCACGUGGUUGUCAGACUUAACAAGUGGUCUGUAGGUACCAUCGAUCGACCUAUUUAGUAAAAACCCGAAAAGACAAAUGAUUGGAAUCAAGCCCCUGAAGUUUUAGUGUAAACAAAAAAAAUUACUUAUAUAGAAGAACUUACCUUCCAAACCUAGUAAACUUACUUUAUGUAAACCUUGUAUCAUAAUUGGUAAUUAGGAGGUUUAUACUUAUGAACCUAUGUGAUAUUGUAUGUUUUGUGUUAUAAAAUACUUUUCAAAUUCUUUAAUGACAUAUGUAAAUACUCUGGGCGCAUUAUUUUAUUGACCGAUGGAUCCAUCCUCUCCCAUCGUUGACCAGUCUAUCUUUGUCUAGUUCAUAGAAAACCGAAAUGGCUGUAUCAUAAUGGUGGAAUGUAUACAUCAGUGAAUGAAAGAAAGCGCCCUCUUUGAUGUGUAAUAAACAUGAAUAAAUUAUUAUUACUUAUUUUUAAACGCUGGUUCACCGCUUUCCCAAGACUAGUGAUUUCAUUAUCCUUGAUUUCGGGUUUUCACUAAAUGGGACCAGAAGAAUCAAUUGCAGCUGAGAUAAGUGAAUUUUUUCCUUUUAAAAUACAUUUGAAUGAAUUUGUCGGGAUUUCUAUGAUUGGGGUAAUAUCGUUUCAGCUAAAAUACAUUAUCGUGUAUAUGUCGUAGGCAUAUAGUCAUUUGCCUAGUCAUUUACUGAGGCAAAUUAAAACAGUUGAAAAUUAACAAGAUUUUGCUAUUUGUCCAGGGAUUUGUAUUUCCCUAGGGAUUUGUAUUUGCUUAUAACUGCAAUCAUUGUUUGUUAAAUGCCAAGAUUUGAUUUAGGCAGAUGUUAUUUGACUAGGCAAUUAAAAACGUGAAUUUAUAACGAGCAUUAUUUUGCAUUGGUUAUAUGACAAAAAAUGCUAGCUAAGGGAAGCCUUAAGGUUAUGGUGAGAACGUUGAUUAGAUUAUACUUAUAGGAUUUGCGUAUAUGUAUUUCGAACAACAUAAAACUAACAGAAUAUAUGAAAACAGCAUCAUUUAGAAAUGAGUGAUGAAUGAAUGACGACCUAAUUGAAUCAAUAAUUAUCGAAAGAAUGCAGACUUACCCAAACUAACCAGUCCGCCUAGUGCUAUCAAGUAAUCGUCAGUUAGCAUUUUAUUUAAAACACAAAGCGCGCUUAAGGGACGCUAUAAUUAAACUAAAUUAACAUGAGUAUUUUGUUAUCUACUUAAACCAGCUCUGCAUUGGUUAUAUGACAAAACAGGCUAGUUAAGAGAAGCCAAAAGUUUAUGGUGAGAACGUGUAUUAGAUUAUACUUAUAGGAUUUACGUAUGUAUGUCAAACAGCAUAAAAUUAACAAAAUAUAUGAAAACAGCAUAAUUCACAAGUGAGUGAUGAAUGAAUGACAACCAAAUUGAAUCAAUAAUUAUCAAGAGAAUGUAGACUUACCCAAACUAACCCGUCGGCCGAGUGCGAUCCAGUCCUUGUAAGUUGGCAUUUUAUUUGAAACACAAAGCGCGCUCAAGGGACACUUUAACUAAAUUAAAUUAACUUGAAUUUGAAAUGAGUAUCACUUCUUUAUUUGCCAAAGGCAUUUACCGUUUGCAUUUUUACGUUUCCUAGACCGUGAACGCUACUGGUUGCGCUGACGAGCUAGGAAAUGUAUUGCGUGCCACACAUUUUGUUCCCUAGACAAUCGGUGACUCAGGUGACUGAUAAUCAAAAUGCCUGAAAGAAGGUGAUAAGUAACAGUCAAUUCAAUGUGUAUUAUACAUACAUUCUGAUAAUAGGUAACAAUAGUAAUAAAAAAAAAAGUUCAAUGUAAUCUUUUUAAUUAGCGUGAUGCGAAUACACACCUAUUAACUAUUUAAUAUCUAUGAAGGAAUGUAGAAAUAUGUAUACAGGUAGCACAUUUUAUUGUUCACUUCCAUGGUGGAUAGCAUUUGUUUGAUUGAGAUCAGGCCCGGUUUUUUUCAUCUUCAGAUAAACUUGCUGGUGAAUAUCUGCGAGAUAAAUUUACCGUUCCGUAUUUCUAUUGGGCAGAUAACUCGCAGACCAAUGGGAUUACUGAUUGUGUUUUUAUCCUUCAGAUUGAAUACCUGACAGUUUAUCAGAAGGCGAAUAAAUCGGCCCUUUGAUCUCUUUUUUUUUGUUCUUUUGUUGACGUUACAUAUGUGUUCUAAUCUAAAUUUUGACUGAUUGGCUUCAGCAAAAUUAUAGCUGUUUACGUUUGAUUUAAUUUGCGCCCACUCUCUAGGGAACGGAGUGUUUAGUGCGCAGUACAUUUCCUAACUCGUCAGUGCAACUAUUAGCGUUCACGCUUGGCGUUGCGCCCACUGUGCGUGUGAACGGUUUUGACAUUAAUGUUUAUGGUUUUACCUUUUACCUGUCUGAUAAUAAUCAAGAAAAUGCCGACUAACCUAAACAGACCCAUCCGCCUAGUGCGUCUAGGUACAAACAAAGUUAAUUUGGUUUAGUUAUAGCGUCCCUUGAGCGCGCUAUGUGUUUUAAAUAAAAUGUUAACUUACAAGGACUAGACGCACUAGGCGGACGGGUUUGUUUGGGUUAGUCUGCAUUUUCUUGAUUAUUAUCAGACGGGUAAAACCAUAAACACCUAACGUCAAAAACGUUCACACGCGCUAAACGUCUGACGCAUGGCUUUUGAAAUUAGGCAUUUGUCAAAUGAAGAACGUGAAGCUGGGCAAACGGUAAAUGCCUUGGGCAGCUGUACUUUGAAAAGGCUCUGGAUCGUCUUCCUUUCUAGAUUCGUGUUUUUUCCGUUUGUUAGUUAAGUUUAAUUAUAACAUGCAAACACUGAAAAAAGACCGCAUGAUAUCAAAUAAAAUGGCAACUCUACUACUACGUACUACUUAUUAUAAUAAAAAAAAAAUGUGCGCCUACAGACAAAUUCGUAAGUCUGACAAGAGUGCCGAUAUAAUGGUUGAAUGCGGUAUUGCAAAUAACACCCAAGAACAGAACCCUAUUCAAAUUGUACUAGUGGUUUCAGAGAUAAUUGACCGCCUUGUAACUUUUUGAACACUUAUAGGUAUAUAUUGUAAUUGAGAACGAUUUUGUACAGAGGAUAGGUAAAUAAUUUUCUAUUCCGUAAAGUGAUUAAAUCAUUAUAGUUGUAAAUAAGAAAAAAUAGGAAUGAUUCACAAGGUUGUUGGUUGAUAAGGUAGGUGAUAACUGUGUUUUUAAUAUAUGACCAAAAUAAAAGUAUAUUGUUUCAUCAUUAAAGAUUCGGAAGACUUAAUAAUAUUUCAAAACACUAUUUUGUACUGUAUUGAUUUGCAAAAAUUUAGCCAAAUUCUAUUCUUUCAACUGGUUACAUACCACUGCAGUGUGUUAUCACAGUAAUUGUUUCAAAUACAUUUCCAAAUUAUUACGGUAUUAUACAAAAAAACGGAUUUUCAUAACAACUUUUAAAAAUUAUCAACCACAAGGUCAAGUCCAAAUAAAAUCAGAAACUUUGCAAACGGCGCCCUGCAUCGUCUAUUCCCUCUGAUACACUGAAUGAGGCAGCACUAUGCUAUCAUCAUUACUGAAAAUUAACUACCCACUAAGACUGUUUUUUCAGCCAACCUCUUCUCUUCUACGCACAGAUAUAAUAGCAUAUCAUCAAUUCAGAAUACUUUAUAUUUGUUUCGAUAGGGAAUUUUUCUACGACACCAAAUUUUUCAGGUCUUUCAAUAUGCCAAACUCUGUAUGACUUCAUUGGGACUAGCACAUUCAAAACUAUAAAUAAUUUAACGGUCAAUCAAAUUCGUAAAUCAAGGGCAGAAAUACUGGCCCAGAAAAUAAAUGAUAUACAGAAAUCUGCUGGAAAUUGGAAUCAUAUGCGGAUAAAAAAGUACAUCGAACUUGAACAAGAAUUUAUGACACAUAAACUUUAUUAAAUCAUAUUCUCUAUCAUUCAAAAACCUUGACUGUGGCAGAACGUAGUCAACGUGAUUUUAAUUCUGAUUGGCAAUCCAGUAUAAUUUAAUAGUUGAUGCUAUAGGGUCUUCAAAAAAUCAAAGAGUCCUUUGGUCACAAAAACGGACGUCGCAUCGGUUUCCAUAAAUAAAUUUCACAAUGGAAAAUGUUUGCAUUAUUUUUUCUUUAUUUGUCGGAAGAUUUUUGCUUGAGAAAAUUCCGUUAUUGAUGGAAGAAAAAAGCAGAAUAGUGGAAAUAAUAGCCAUAUUUGAUUUACCUUAUUUGUGAAAACCCGUUAUAUGCGGAUGAACAUUUUCAUAAGUUCACAUAAUGGACGAGCCAUCUUUCAAAUCAAGUCCACAAUGUAAGUGCCUAGAAUCAAUAUUUCUAAUUUUCCCAGAACGUAUUCUACCAGAAUCCAGUGAAGUGAUCUAGUCACAAUUUCUAAAAUAUAACGGAUGAUAGCGGGUGAUAAAACAUCGACCAUUCUGUCAAUUUUUUCACAGUUACUCAAUAUAUGUUUUUCGUUUGAUGUUAUAACUACUUUACAUUUCGGUAGUUAAUUCUCUAAUAAUUUUUAUAAAUAGCACCUUAAGUGAUUUUACACUAGUACGUGAUGGUUGAUUUUGAAUGUUUAGUUUAUCGGUUAUGCAGAAAUAAUUGCUAUAUUUUUUCCCACACAAGAGUACAACUUUUGCCAAUCGCUGUAGGUGUCUUUUGAAUCAAACAUUAUCAAUGGUACAACAUAAAUUAUGGUGGAAAUUUGCUUAGAUAAGUUUAUAUUAUUUACCCAUCCUUUAUCUGAACCGUCCUCGUUUUUUGAUAGUGCUAGCGGCUCGCGUAAAUUCUGUAGACGAAAAGUGUAUAUUGUGAAGACUUUUACAUUAAAAUAGUUACUGUCGGCUUCCAAUGUUUUUUUAGUAUUAAAAAUUAGAUUUUAGUUAAUGAUGAUAUUGUGCGACUUUCAACUACCUACUUGACUGUCUAAUUCAGAAACAAAAUUCGUGCUUACUUUUUUUAGUGGUUAAAGAGUUGUUUAUCUUUAUUAUCCGCCCCUAGUGGGCCACUAUAACACGCGCUCAGUUUCAUUGAGGACGGCACUAGAUUGUAGAUGACAUUAGGAGUCAUUACAGCUCGAUCUAGCCGCUCAAGCAAUGCUACCUUUCUAGAUAUUUUGUGCGUGACUGCUUCUAGUUGCUUUCCAAGAUUUGUAGGCUUCACCCAAAGGAGGCCAGCUUCCUGGGUGGUAAAGUGGCAAAAUGUCCAAUCCUUGGGGUGUUAGCCUACCCUUUAAAAGUAUUUCAGCCUCUUGUAGAAGUGAGCAGGGCAUUCUCAAAUUAGAUAGUUUCUGUUGCUUGUUCUUAAAAUCUACAGUGGUCGCUUGCCUAUUGUUUUUAGGCGAUAUUCCACCAGGCAGUGCCUAGUGAACAGACUAACGACUAAUGCCUAUUCUGUUCAUAUCAAACAGUUAUUCAUAUCUUUUUGCUGAAAUGGAUAUGAACCAUUAUGCUUGUCUCAGACCAGGAAAGGAUCCGCAAUGAGCGAGCAUUUGAUCCUUUUCACAUCUGUUCAGUUCUUCGAAGUUGUGGCAUUUCAUUAGUGCACAAAAAAAGCUCUGCGCCUUGUAAAGGUUUUGCAGCGCCUUGCUUUGCGAGAUCUGCCUCCUCGUUGCCUUCUAUACCCUGCUGACUUGGAACCCACACGAGGGUUACUCUGUUCCACCUAGCCAGUUGCUAAGGGAUAUUUUUACCCUCCUAAAAUGGGUGGAAUUACUGGCGUACCUGCCACUAGUUCCAAUUCAUAAAGUUUGAGAUAAAAUUCAUACUUUCAUUACAACUAUCCAUUCUGCCAGUUUUAUUAAAUUUAUCUUGGAGGCAGUAGGUAAAUAGUUGGUUACUAAAAUUGCAAUUAUAUUAAGUAAAUAUUGUGACAAUUUUCUAUAAGUAGGUAGGUAGGUGUUGGUUUGCGAAAAAGGAAGUUUUUGAUUGUAAAGGUACCCCUAGCACUAUGAAAGUUCUCAAUAAACAGUGUGUAAUGUGGUCAAUUGUUGAAAAUAAAUAUUUUUCUAUUUGUAUCAUCUUUUAACUAGUAGGUUUUAGUUGUCAUACUUUUUACUUUUUUUAGUUUCUUCUUUUAAAAAAGGUAGAAUUUACAAUUUACACCUAAACGCUUUUUUUUUAAAUAAAUAUGUAUACCUAUGUAGUAUAUUGUUUUCACUUUUUGUAUCAUCAUUUAGGAUUUAUAGAGAACAUGUUCAGUUAGAAAUAAAAUUGUUUCUUUCAAAUACACA